AUGCUCCUGGGGAGGCGCUGGGGAAAAUGCAACCUGGGGCGCUGUGUGCUCUUCCUGGCGCUGGCCCUGCUGCUCGACGCCGUGGGCCUGGUCCUUCUGCUGCUGGGCGUCUUCGCCUCCCUCGAUUACUGGGACUUCUUGGUCUACACGGGGGCCCUGAUCCUGGUGUUCAGCCUGCUCUUCUGGAUCACCUGGUAUUCCCUCAACAUCGAGGUACCUCUUGAGAAGCUGGACUUGUAG